AUGACUGCUGCACCGCUUUUAAAGAACGAAACAGCACGUUUAAAUGCUUUUUUGUCAGACUGCCUGUCUGUUGGCUGCUUAAAGGGUUUUAAGCAUUUUGAAGUUUAUUUACGAGGACGAGAAGAAUUAUUAUUAAGAGUCUAUAAUGUUGGUAAACCAAGCUCAGAACUGGAGACCAGUCGGCGAAGUUAUAAUUCUUUAUCUCUAGCAAAAUCACAAAGCAAUGCACUUUUCUCGCCCAAAACUUUUCGAAAGCUGAGCAAUGGGUCAGUAGAGACAGGUUUAUUACCGCCAAAUAGCCCAUUAGAUAAAGAAUUAGCGCGAGAUGAAUCCAAGACAGUAUUUUUAAUAGCGGGAUAUGCUCGUUAUAAAUGCCCUUAUGUUUGGUUACGCUCAAAUCAUAAACGUCUAAUUCAACUACAAGACAAUGCGAAAAUCGAAACAGAUAAUCCGUUGAAACUGGAGACAAUAGCUGCAUGGAAAACUCGAGACAUAAUGCUCUGGGACAUUAUAGCAGAAAUUGUAACACUCUCACUUACCCCAUCUCCUGAUAAUCCUUUCGAGAUAGAUCACUCGUAUUAUGACACGUUACCGUUAGAAGAGUGUGCUGUGAGUACAGGGGCGAUGGCAGAUUUUCUUCAAAAGGUUUACCUUAAAGAUACAUCUUAUGCUGACAAAGUUUUUGAAGACCUCAAAAUACUUUUUCAACGCCAUUUUGAAGCGUUUGAAGAAAUGAACGAUGCGUUAAAUAACAAUGCUUUGGAAAGGUCGAAUCCUUCGUCUUCCAACGUAUCAACAUUUACACACGCAUAG